GAGCAGCGCAUCCUCUAGCGACUCCACCACCUCAGUCGACCCAGUAGUAUCGGUGGCAGUGCGCCGCCAUGUCCUCAGCACAGCACGCGCUUACUUAGCGCAGAAGCGCGAGCAGCGUGGCCAGGAGCAGCAAAUGAAGAUCGCGAUGCAUUGCACCUACAUGGCUUCACGCAGGACAUCGAAAGCUGGUCGUUUCAUUCGAAAUCUUCGGGAGAAUGCAGUCGAGCAGAAGCUCCUUCGGCCCUCUCUCUCGGCCGCUGGUUCAGGUGGCAUGGACGAGCAUGAGUUCGACGUCGAACCUGCCCCGGCGCCUGACAGAAUGCUGGACGAGGUCUCUGAGCUGGCUGCUCAACUGGACAGGCUCUCCUGCACUCGCCAAGCCAAUGAGGCGAUCGUCAACAUUUCUGAGUCGAUCAGCGCCUGCACGGACCUUCUCAGUCGUUUGCACGCCACUGGCCUUGCACAGGCACUUCACCUGGAUCGCAUUGCAGAAGACCUGCAGAACGCCCAAGACGGGUAUGGCGUGUCCAAGGCCCUGUUGCAAGAGCUGCAAGAGGACAUCGCUCGCAUGCGGAAGGCGAUGGAGUCCAUGCACAUCGAACAUACCGGAGACCUGGCUGGUAUCUGCGGCCGGCAGAGCUCUGAGAAGCCCGAGAUGGUCGCUGAGGGCAUUUCGCCGGUCUUGCAGAGCCUUGAGCAGAAAACAAUGUCCCUCCUCACUGGUGCGGACGAUGUCCCGACCUUCGACGAGCUGGACGACGAUGCCACGCGCUUGCUGGAGGAGGUCGAGCGCGCCACAAGCAGCCGGGAGGCAUCCACGCGCGUGCUGGUGGAGAUCGAGCCCGACGACCAGGAGGAGGAGGAGGAGCAGCCCGCCUGUGACUCGGAGUCCGAGGCUCCGAAGGCCUUGCCAGAGCAGGCCGAGAUAGAGGCAAAUACGAUGGACAUUCACAUGGAAGGGGCGGAGGCAAAUACGAUGGACAUUCACAUGAAAGGGCAAGGCGUGAAGGCGCG